AUGUGUGAGCCAAAAAACAGUUCAUACUUAGGUAGAAAUGAAGGACAUGCAACACCCGACGUUUUGAUAGCCGGUAGCGAUGAAAGUUUCUUUCAGUCUCUAUUUGAGUUUAUUAAACACGAGAAACAGUACCUGCAGUGUCCACCAGAGGGCCCGGACGAACUUCACUACAUCAUCUACCGCUCUGUGUUUAAUAAGGUAAUUAGACGAGCGACAGCCUACAAAAGACUUCUGCUGACUAUAAAAGGGGAGUAUGAUGAUGUCAUCAGGGAGCUGCAGAGGAGGGAGGAUGAGGCCAUGGAGGCUCAGCGAAAUCUUGUGGCCUCAACAUCACACCCCAAAUCCCUCAUAACCUGCCAGAGACGAGCUGCGCAGCUGAGGGAUAAACUCUCUGUCUUACAGAGGGAAACAGCUGAACUUCAAAAGGAGAUCAAGAGACACAAAUCACGUCAAGAGCAGGACAUUUGGAUACCUGGUCUGACAGUUGCUUAGUCGGAGGACUCAGGGUCUCUUGAUCGACAUCUGAAACAUCUUGAAGCCCAGAAAGCCGCUCUACUGGACAGGAAGAGUAACUGUGUCCCUGUGGAGGUAAAAGCUGAGCUGGAUGUCAAGCUGCAGGCCUCAGAACAGCACGGAGAGCAGCUGAGGACUGAAAACGACAAGCUGAAAAUCCUAUUCAUGCGAUUGAGAUUUGUGUUUGAGCGUUUGUCCAGCUGGGGGCAGCAGGUUCCUCUGGAGGAACUUCUGAGUAGCACAGUGGAGAACUUCACACAGAGCAGCAUAACCGGCGAUGACGACAGCAGCAUAGAGGUCGAGCUGUUCGAGGAUGAAGAGCCGCGUGGAGUCGAUGAGUCCAAACACCUGACAGAAUACCUGGACAGGUUUGUUGAGCUCUUUGAUUCAGCUCAGUACGAGGAAGCUGCUCUCCAUGCUGCCAGGUCUCCUCGAGGAGUCCUGAGGAACCUUGACACCAUGAAUAUGUUUAAAGGUGUGAGUGGCCCCCCAAGGUCCGUCCCCCCUCUCCUGCUUUACUUCCAGGCCCUCCUGUUGACCCUCCCGUCUGGUGACAAGCUGUCGGCUCCUCUCGCCAAAGCGUUGGUCCUCUGUGCUCUGCAGCACGGCGACACACAGCUCGUCAACCACACUGUUACACACAACAAACUGACCUGCUCUGAGGAUCUGGGCGACAUCUUGUCUGAGCAUGCCCAGAAGAACCCCCGUGUGGCUGACUUGUGUCUGGCUUUGGCCACCGACGCAUACAAGGCCUGCAGGCUGAACAAGAAGACAGCACUGAGCAUGUGCAAAAGAGGCCUGGUCCACAGUGCUGCUGAGUUCAUGAACAACUGCAAGGAUCUAACAACUGAGGACUGUCUGUGGGUUCUGUAUCAAUCACCCAGCGUUUCCCUCCUCCAGCUGUUGAUAGAGUCUCAGCAGGGCCAGGCAGCCAUCUUGUCAGUGGGUGUGGUCCUUUCCACUCUGCUGGCAGACCCCCAGCAGCAGGAGCUUGCUCUGCAGCUUCUCGACAGCUUCGUCAGCAGAGGACAAGGGGUUUUAGAGGAGGUGAUCCUGGAGGACAGCAAGUCCUUAUUGGAUGAUUGGACCGACGUGGCUUCUACAUGCUCUGAGCUGAACCGGGCUGACCUGAGCCAGGUCAUCCUGUCCAUCCUGCUGGACCAGAGCGGGACCAGAGUCCUGUCCCCAGACCUGGAGGGAGCCGGGCUUGUGGAGCAUGUCUUCCUUUGAAAGAGUACAGCAGAAAGAGUCUUCUGCUUUCAGUUCCACCUCUCAUGAAAGUAAAAAAAUACGAGAACACACAAGUUUGUUUUUGUGUCUUAGGUUUAUUAAUUUAAGAUUAAACUGUAAUUCAGGGUUUUGAUCAGUUCCUCUCUGUAAUAUCAGGGCAUUCAGUCAGGUCAUAGAGGUAGAACAACAAAUUUGCUGUUAAUCAGUUUAUUUUCUUCUUUACAAUUAAAACUUUUGUUCUUUGCCAUUUUUUUCAUCCUGAUCCCAGACAUGCCCAGACAUGCCCACUCGUGUGAUCCCACUGGUAUCAAGCUGACUUUACACCUUUGACCUUAGGCUGAUGUCAUUAGAAUGACUCAAGAAAAAAUCAGAUACAGUGACGUCUGAAGGCCAGCAGGGGGCGAAAAGAUUUAUAAACUGAAUCUGAGAAUAAUGUGGAUCUCAGACACUGUUCUUUAAACAGAGGUCAAAUUGUUCUUUAUGAAUUUAGAAAAUGAGAAACAGUAAUUUCAACAACCACAACAAUAUGCAAGAUUCCUUCCAAAACAAAUAGAAGUUUUAAAUGAUUUAAAUUGGCAUAUUUUAUCCUAAAUACAAAAUAUAUAUAUAUAUUUUAAAAUAAGUUGCACAUGACUGCAACAAUGUUAUCUGUUGCUCUUUACAAAUGAAAAUGGCACAGUGCUACAAUCUAGAGGUUACUUUGUGUUCUGCCUUUAGCCUUUCUUUCAAUAAAUCACAAAAGUCAUGUCUUUGUUUUUAGGUUGUUGUGGUCUUUUGUGUUUUUCAUAUUCUAUGUGUUUGGAUAGGCCUUCUGGUGUGCAGCCACUACAUUUCAGUUUUAACCACAUCCAGAGACA